UCAAAAUACCAACUAUUUUCUCUUCCUUAGUCUCCUUUCACACAGUUUUUCUGGCAGCGGUAACACUCUGAGCUUUGCUCUGUUAAAACCAUCUGUCAGAAGCACUGCAUCGCUGUCAUUUUGAGAUUCGCACAACAGAAGGACGAGCACUACUUUGCUACAGUAAACUGUGAUGGACACUAAGGCUGUGUUUGCAGCUGUGUAUGAGGUGUGUGAGGAGAACGCUGGUUUCUUCGGUGGCACGCAUGCAGGAGAUGCUCCACAGAGGCUGGUCGACGCUAUGUUGACCAUUCAGAAACACGCACGCAGCCUCGAGCCAGUUAUCUGUGGUUUUGCUGCCAUCUACCAUCACUUCGACUUUGACCCUCACAUCCCUGCUAAUGGAUACCGCUCACUUGUAAAGGUGGUGCGUUGCUGUCUUCUUCACAUCAUCCACAAAGCACGGCACAUUGCAUCCAACAGACGGAGCAUCUUUUUCCGUGCAGCCCAUCAUGCUGCAGAGAUGGAAGCAUACAGCUGUGCUCUGUGCCAGUUGAGGGCUCUGCUCUACCUUGCUCAGAGGCUGCUUCAUGACAACAGUCACGGCAACCUCUUCUUCCAAGAUGAGAAUGGUCUUAGCCAGCUCUUUCUAAAAGAGUACGCCUCCAUGCACAAAGGCUGCUUUUACGGCCGCUGUGUUGGGUUCCAGUUCACUCCAGCCAUUCGGCCGCACUUGCAGAGUAUUACUAUAGGCUUGGUUGCGUUCGGUGAUAACUACAAGAGGUAUCAUUCCGGCAUAGGUCUUGCUGCUAGUUCCUUAUUCACCUCUGGAAAGUAUGCCCUCGAUCCGGAGCUGAGGGGCCUGGAGUAUGAGCGAAUCACUCAGAACUUGGACGUUCAUUUCUGGAAGACAUUCUGGAAUAUCACUGAAAGCGAAGUUUUGGCAGGCUUGGCAAGUAUGACUUCUACUCAGGUGAAGGUGAAUCGCACCCUCUCUGUGCCACCUGAUUGCUUCGAUCUACCCUUAGUGGACGAUCCCACACAUACCGUAACAAUCUCUGCUCCGAUUGCCCAUAUCGGCCCUGGCCCAGUUCAGAUGAGACUUAUCUCCAGUGAGCUGAGAGAAGGACAGGACAAUGAGAAGCUAUCAGCAAUAUCCCGUUCCGAUGGUGGCUCAAUCUCUCUGUCUCUGAGUCUAAAGAUUAAGAAGAGCCCUCCCUCUCCUUGGCUGGUGGUACAUUACCAUGGAGGAGGUUUUGUUGCACAGACUUCUAAAUCACACGAGCCAUACCUCAAAUGUUGGUCUCAGGAACUGAAUGCUCCAAUCCUGUCAGUAGACUAUUCCCUUGCCCCUGAAGCCCCGUUUCCACGUGCACUGGAGGAGUGUUUCUUUGCAUACUGCUGGGCUAUCAAAAACCAUAACAUUUUGGGCUGGACAGGCGAGCGAGUGUGUUUGGCUGGUGAUAGUGCAGGGGGUAACCUGUGCAUCACUGUGUCAAUGAUGGCUUUGGCACAUCGAGUACGCUUGCCGGAUGGUAUCAUGACUGCAUACCCUGCCUUCAUGCUCACCACCUGUGCCUCACCUUCGCGUCUGCUCACCCUUAUGGAUCCUCUCCUUCCCCUAAGUGUACUAUCCCGUUGCCUCAAUGCUUAUGCAGGUUUGGAUCCUCAGGAGGAGGAACAGGUAGAGAAGGUGACUGCUCUGGGGACGGUAAGGAAGGACACUGCCCAAUUAUUAAAAGGCUUCAGACAGGGUGCGUCAAACUGGAUCCACUCACUCCUGGACCACAGCAAAGCAAGUGCAGAGACUGUGAGGAACAGUGUUUCUGAGGGGGCUCUAAGUUCUACCCAGCCUGACCCUCUGGUUCCAGGAACAUCCUCUGAGUUCUCAGUGAAAAAAGAAUCUCUGAAAAGCCAGACGUGUGAGGGUCUGGUCAAUCACACUGCCAGCAAAUCUACCAGCAGCAAGCACAACAGCACCAGCUCUACUGCCAACCACAGUGCCAACCUCAUGCUUCACUAUCAUCCUAUCCUCAACACCACAGCAAUCCUAGAAAGCAAGCCAGAGGAUAUAAGUAUACUUUUCUCCAAAGAAGCAGACCCCUUCGUGUCGAGUUCAAUCUUAUCCGUGGCAGUACCUCCCCCUGACGGGGAAGAACACUCUGAGAACUCACAAGGGUUUCCUGGAGACUUUGAGCCCUUGCGCUCAGAGCAGCUUGCCAAAAUGAAUGUAGAUUCCUCCCCUAUCUUCAGAAAUCCAUUCAUGUCUCCUCUCCUGGCUCCAGACCACAUGUUGAAGGGACUGCCCCCUGUUCAUAUAGUGGCCUGUGCUCUGGACCCCAUGUUAGACGACUCUGUAAUGUUUGCCAGACGGCUACGGAACAUUCAGCAGCCUGUGACUUUGUGUGUAGUGGACGACCUCCCACAUGGCUUCCUCAGCCUGUCACAGCUCUCUAAGGAAACCUAUGAGGCCUCUAUUGUCUGUAUGGAGAGGAUCAAAGAUGUCUUCAUUAUGAAAGACCAACCUCCAGAGAUAAAUAAACACCGCAAACUGGAAAGGACAGACCACUGUGCUUCAGGUGCUUCUAAAAAAUUAUUUCAAAUGACCACUAGUGAGGAUGGAAGAGAAGGUGUAGUUUGACAGGUAGGGAGCGGUGUAGUGUCCAACAAAGAUGAAGCUUUGAGGUGAGAUUUGAAGGACAAAUUGUUUCAUUAAAAAAGGAAGGUUUUUAAAUAAAAGGAAUUUACAAGGACUCACUGGAACCACUGUGCAAUGAACCAGAUGAACAGGAAUUAGUAAGAUGCCGCAUUAACGUCUCACAGAAGGUGUGUCAUAUGUACGUCAGUAUUUGAGUCAAUAAAUAGCCAUGAGAGGGGACGCUACUGUUUUUGGGUUAGAAACGACUGUGCAUGUGCACUUGCACUUUUCUAGCACACAACUUUAACAAAACAUUGCCACUUUGCCUCUGCACUGUAUUGCUUUUGUUGAGAUUCUGAUUAUGAAUCAUACAAAUACCAGCAUGGAAACAAAUGCUUCCUGUCGUGUCUAGGCGUGAAGCUGUAUCCUUGAAACGUUAUAUCAGAAUUUCUGAAACGCACAUUAUUUGUUUAUGCCAUAGGCAAGCUUUAGGGAGUCAAAUCAUACCAAGUUCCUAUUUGUAGUACUGUAUAUACAGUCGUAUGCAAAAGUUUAGGAACCCCUGACAAUUUCCAUGAUUUUCAUUUAUAAAUAUUUGGGUGUUUGGAUCAACAAUUUCAUUUUGAUCUAUUAACUGAAGGACACAGUAAUAUUUCAGUAGUGAAAGGAGGUUUAUUGGAUUAACAGAAAAUGUGCAAUAUGCAUCAAAAUGAAAUUAGACAGGUGCAUAAAUUUCCCCUGGAAAUUGUCAGGGGUUCCAUAAACUUUUGCAUACGACUGUAUAUGUGUGUAUGUAUGUGUGUGUGUGUGUAUAUAUAUAUAUAUAUAUAUAUAUGUAUGUAUAUAUGUGUAUGUAUGUAUGCAUUAUGUUGUGUGAAAGUGGUAGUUCUGCUGACUGUCGAAAGUGGAAAAAGUGAAAUUUUGACUACAUGUCUUUUCAGUGUGAAUUUGUGUAUAGAUAGCUCCAGGCUUAAGGUUCUGUGCAAGUGAUCAGAAGGCACAACAUUCGAUACCCAAGCUUUCAGAUAAUCACUUUUGGGGCCUUAAUCCUGAACAUCUCAGCUCCAGGCUUGCAUAGUGUCUCAGUUGUGAGUCAGUUUGUGUAAAAGUGCCUGCUAAAUGAAUACAAGUAUAUUGUUUAUUACGUGUUAAGUACUUUAGAUUUAUUACAUGGUAUAUUAAGUAUUUUAAGUAUUUUUUGUAAGUGUUAAUUGGGGAAAGUUUAUUGUUACUUCUGAGGUUGAUUAAUCGUGCAUAAUGUCUUGUUUAAUUAAAUAUGAAUUCAUCAGCAUUAAAGGACUGCUGGGCUUCAUAUACGGGAAGCUUGGACCUAUUUAGAAUUAUAAUAUACACAACAUCAUCCACUUGCACACUUUAGCCUAGCCAUUGCUAGUGGAAUUCUAUUAAAAUACAUGAGGAAAUGUU